CCUUGUCACUCGCAUGUUUCUCUGAUUUUUCGGUGCAACUGUGCGACUCCGUCACAUUCGCAAUGGCUGCUGCUAUGUCUCCUAUUCUUCCGGCCCAAGCCAACAUCCAGAGGCCGGAGGGCUUGGAUCUCUAUGCUCGAUUCGCUCUUGCAGGUGCGCUUGGAUGCGCUAUAACUCAUGCUGUCUUCACGCCUGUCGACGUCGUCAAGACAAAGAUCCAGCUCGACCCAGUUACCUACAAUCGUGGCAUGAUCGCAGGGUUCCGUCAACUAAUCCAUAAAGAAGGGGCCGGCGCUCUGCUAACAGGAUUGGGUCCCACGUUCACCGGCUACUUCAUCCAAGGAGGUGUCAAGUUUGGUCUUUAUGAACUUUUCAAGAAACAGUCAAUUGAGAUCAUUGGACUCGAGAAAGCGAGACGGAAUCGUACGGCGGUAUACUCCGUCUCGGCAGCCUGUGCUGAGUGUUGCUCCGCUGUCACCCUUUGUCCCGCGGAAGCUACACGUAUCCGCCUCGUAUCCGCGCCUGGCUUUGCCAACGGGUUGAUAGGUGGGUUUAGUAAGAUUCUCAAGCAUGAGGGUAUUGGGGCACUAUACUCCGGAUUCGGGCCUAUUUUGUUCAAACAGGUUCCAUAUACCGUAACAAAGUUUGUCUCUUUCGAAAAGAUUUCCGAGUUUUUCUUUUCUCGCCUCGAUAACUCCAGGUCCGGAACCACCCAGCUUAUGAUCAAUAUGGGGUCCGGACUCAUAUCAGGCUGCGCCGCUGCCGUCAUCUCGCAGCCCGCCGACACGAUGCUCUCCAGAAUCAACAAGACAAAAGCGGUGCCUUGCGAAAGUACCGCGUUCCGUCUUUACAAAAUCGCGGGCGAGCUCGGAUUCCGCGGUUCCUUUGCCGGGCUGCCGGCGCGCCUAUUCAUGAUUGGUGGGCUCACCGCUGGUCAAUUUGCCAUCUAUGGCAGUAUCAAAAGCGCUCUUGGUGCCACCAAUGGCGUUAAAAUCUCGAAGUGAUUUAAACAAUAACCUACUUAUCGGCUGCUGAACACCAUACGGAAUCUCACCUAGGUUGAACCUGAGAGCAGGCGGACAGCAUAUCACCGGAUGUUGUUGUUACUCAGGGAAGUCGGGUUACUUCAUCAAUUCAUGUCGAACAAUUCCGUGCUUCGUAUGAAAGCGGCUGCUUUUUCUGGACCAUGAGCUCCAAUUGAAGUUUCAUAAACAGCAGGACACCUAUGAACUCCUUUGACAUCUUCAGAAUAUAUUGAGCUCUACUCGUUGUGUAAUUUGUUUUGCAAAGUGCAGAUACCGUGCAGAGGGUCUAUAUUUAGAUAUUUGCGUAUUAGGUGCUUGGUUCAAUGGUUCCUUCAUCUAGUCACACAAAAGUACAAUCCAGCUACAGCUCUAUCUAGGUCAGCGAGAUGCCAC